UGUACUCGAACAUAACCUUAAAACUUGUAGAUUGUUAAGUUUAUUAUGUUGAGGAUAUUUUAUCCGAGUAAAUAUAUAAAAUGACGGAAACCGAUCCUCAAGUUGGUCAUUUAGAAGAAGAAGCUUUAAAGAGAAAAGAAAGAUUAAAAAAUCUAAGAAGAAAACGAACAGGUGAAACCAACAAUCAAGGCAAGCAAAAUGAAGAUGAAGAUUUACCAUUACCAAAACCUCUAUUUAGAAGUUACAAACCUUUAAAUAAUGAUCUAAACGAUUACACAAUCGAACCAGCAGAUCCUGGAGAUGUUACUAAAGAGGUUGAAGAUCAGUUGGAGUCUGCCAAAUCGUCUGUAGUAAUUGAUCAACUUGAUGUUACAUCAUUAGCUCCUAGAAAACCUGAUUGGGAUUUAAAACGGGACGUUAGUAAAAAAUUAGAAAAAUUGGAAAAACAAACACAAAAAGCAAUAGCAGAACUCAUUAGAGAGAGGUUGAAGGAAAGCAAACAAACUGAAGACUUAGCAGCAAUUGUGAAUGCGGGAGUAAAUGCAGAAAGUUGAUGAAUUUUCUAGGAUUAAUUAUUUUUAUAUAUAAAACAGUGGAGUAUUGAAUUUUUAGUGGAGAUUGGCAUGUAUGUAUAAUUUAAGAUGAAUUAAAUCUAUUAUAUCUU